CACAAGAGUACUGCAAAGCGAGCAAAACCAAAUCAGCGGAAAGGAACAGCAGAAUCCUCUCUGACCCAGCUCCAUCUUACAAAUACAAUAGUGAUCAAAGCCAUCAACAAGAUCCACCACAGGUUCAAUAAUGCCCCCACAGCUGAAAGACGAGGUAAACGUCGUGCCCAAGGUUGUCCAGGGGGAUUUGGACAGCUUCCCUCCAGAAGCAAGGGAUUUCAUUGAAAGUAAUGCCAAGCUGUGUCAGCCUGAGAGCAUUCAUAUCUGUGAUGGCUCAGAAGAAGAAAACAAAAAAAUUCUGGACAUCAUGGUAGAACAAGGCAUGAUCAAGAAGCUGAGCAAGUAUGAGAACUGCUGGUUGGCUCUCACUGAUCCAAGAGACGUGGCAAGAGUCGAGAGCAAAACUGUCAUCAUCACUCAAGAACAGAGAGACACCACUCCCAUCCCUAAAACUGGAACCAGCCAGUUGGGGCGCUGGAUGUCUGAAGAAGACUUUGAGAAAGCCUUCAAUACCAGGUUCCCAGGCUGCAUGCAAGGGCGCACAAUGUAUGUCAUCCCCUUCAGCAUGGGGCCUCUUGGGUCUCCUUUGUCCAAGAUUGGGAUUCAGCUGACAGAUUCCCCGUAUGUAGUAGCCAGCAUGAGGAUCAUGACACGGAUGGGAACAGCUGCUUUGAAAGCCCUGAACAAUGGGGAGUUUGUAAAAUGCCUUCACUCAAUUGGAUGUCCUCUACCCCUAAAAGAACCAUUAAUCAACAACUGGCCAUGCAACCCAGAGUUAACGCUGAUUGCCCAUCUCCCGGAUCGCAGAGAGAUCAUUUCAUUUGGCAGCGGCUACGGAGGAAACUCCUUACUGGGGAAAAAAUGCUUUGCACUCAGAAUUGCCAGCAGACUUGCCAAAGAGGAGGGCUGGCUAGCUGAGCACAUGCUGAUCGUGGGCAUUACCAAUCCAGAAGGCAAAAAGAAGUAUUUUGCUGCAGCAUUCCCUAGUGCCUGUGGUAAAACUAACUUGGCCAUGAUGAACCCAAGCCUGCCAGGAUGGAAGAUUGAGUGUGUGGGUGAUGAUAUUGCCUGGAUGAAAUUUGAUGAACAAGGCAAUUUAAGAGCAAUCAAUCCAGAAAAUGGCUUUUUUGGCGUUGCCCCUGGAACCUCAGUCAAAACGAACCCCAAUGCUAUCAAAACCAUAUUCAAGAACACCAUCUUUACCAAUGUAGCAGAAACCAGUGAUGGAGGUGUCUACUGGGAAGGCAUUGAUGAGCCACUACCACCAGGAAUAACACUGACAUCUUGGAAAAACAAGGCCUGGACUCCAGACAGUGGGGAACCUUGUGCUCAUCCCAACUCACGAUUCUGCACUCCAGCCAGCCAAUGCCCCAUCUUGGACCCUGCAUGGGAAUCGCCCGAGGGUGUGCCCAUUGAAGGGAUAAUCUUUGGCGGCCGCAGACCUACUGGUGUGCCUCUUGUAUAUGAGGCCUUUAACUGGCAGCAUGGAGUAUUUAUAGGAGCAGCUAUGAGAUCUGAAGCAACAGCAGCUGCUGAGCACAAAGGGAAAAUCAUUAUGCACGAUCCAUUCGCCAUGAGACCUUUCUUUGGCUACAAUUUUGGUCAAUACCUGACCCACUGGCUCAGCAUGGCACAGCGGCCAGCUGCUAAACUCCCCAGGAUCUUUCACGUUAACUGGUUCCGGAAAGACAGCCAAGGGAAAUUCCUGUGGCCUGGCUUUGGAGAGAAUUCUCGUGUGCUGGAGUGGAUGUUCAACAGAAUUGAAGGGAGAGCCUCUGCCAAGCCAACCGCCAUCGGUUACAUCCCCGCUGACAGCGCUUUGAACCUGAAGGGUUUAGAAGAUGUCAACUUGACCGAACUGUUUGAUAUCUCCAAAGAUUUCUGGGAAAAGGAGGUAGAAGAAAUCAAACAGUAUUUUGAAGUACAAGUUAAUGCUGACCUUCCCUAUGAAAUAGAAAAGGAAAUGCUUGCCUUAGAGAUGAGGAUAAAACAGCUGUAGCUGAUCAAAACCACGGUUUAGUCGAUCCACAGGCUCUAAGACAGGACAAACUCGUUUGACCAAAUCACCACUGGAAGCAUAACAGCACACUGAUGGGCAGGGUGUUACAAUGCAAGUAGGUCUUAGUUUAGCUGGAAAAGCGAUAGGGGCAUUCUAGAAGUAACUCCAGACCUAAUGAUUUAAAAGCACCUCAGCUGUUGGAACGUAUGUGCACAUGGUCUUCAAACCCCUGAUUUGUCACUUUCAUGCACAUAUAGCCACGAUGCCUGUAAAUUAUUUGCCUACUUCUGCACGUGCCAUCCAAACCAAUCUAGCUUUCAAGGUGUAGCCUGUUUCUGCUAGCAUGCAAACUUCCAGAGUCUACAGGAAAGAAGAAAGGAAAUCAGAUGCUGUAUAUAUGUAUGAGAUAAACAUACUCCAUGGCUUGAAUACUUUUGAGGAAAAAAAAAACAAACCCAGGUUCUAACUUUUAUCACAGUGAAAGAUGACUUUGUAUGCUAAUGCCUAUUUAAGAUAUUGCUGUUAUAUAUGAGUCAUGUUCCUGUGAUUUCCAGAUGUUUUGAAUGGCUUGUUCUUUAAACUAUUGAAAUAAAUGUUUAUACAAAAUA